AUGAAGAUCACAUUGUCUUUCAUUUUCUUAAACCUCUUCAUCUUCAUCGGCACACAUCCACUUCCCACCACCACUGCCGACGUUAUCUACGACUCCGUCGGCAACAAGCUUCUAAAGGGCGUCCCAUACUACAUCAUGCCACUCCUACGCGGCACUGGGGGCGGCCUCACUCUCACCCGGGCCACCAAAGACGCAUGCCCACUCGACGUCACACAAGAACCAUUCGAACUAAGCUAUGGCGUCCCAUUCACCAUUACACCAAUCAUUUUCGACGAAAACUAUGUUCGUGAAGCGUAUCCAGUCUCCAUUGAAGCAAAUGUUGCGGACCCUUGCCAGGGAUCCAAGAUAUUGAAGUUGUCCACGUCAGAUAAUAUUGUUGCUGCUACUGCUACUGCUACUACUACUAAAACUAUUACUAUAGGCGGGCAGUUAAACGCGCCCGAAAGCUGUUUUCAGCUAGUGGAAGAUGAUAUGAUGCCGGGUUUGAGGAGUUACCAGAUUCAGUUAUGUCCAUUUAAAUGUGGUUCGAAUACCAGUACCAGUACCGAUAUGACUUGCUACAAUAUUGGGCUUGUCUCGAAUCCUGACGGCAAGAGGUUUCUUGCCCCGACCGACGCCAUUUAUCCGGUUGUGUUUCAGAAUUCGUUUGGUAGUUCCGUGGCUUCUGUUCAAUCUGAGUAG